AUGUCACAAUUAAUUCAUUCCUUUUAUAAAAAUGUUCGAAAAAUAUGUGCAACAGACAAUGUAUCCGAAUUAAUAAAUUAUUUGAGUAAUGAUGGACUCACUGUAUUAAAACAAUUAAAUAAUUCUGAUAUAUAUACAACAGUUGAUCGUAUUCAGUAUCGUGAUUUUGGUCUUAUUCUUAUUCAAUUAAUUCCAAUUUGUUUUCCUCUUAUAUCUAAUGACGAUGCCGAACAAGCUUUAGUGAAUAUUCAAUCUAUAAAUUCAAUUUUUAAUCAAGAACAAAAUAAUUAUUCUAAUAUUACAACAUCAAAUUUAUUUGAAACAUUAGAUUAUAUAUUUAAUACAUUUGUUCAUCUUUUCUAUUUUAAUGAUAAUCAUGUAUCAACACCACAAAUAAACAAAGAUCAUAUUGAUAUUGCACAAGGAUUUGCUAAUAUUGAACUUCCUCAAUUAACAACUGAAUAUAAAAAUCUUUGGUUUUAUCAGAAAAAAAUCCGUUCACUACUUCUUAUAUUUAAACAAAUUAUACUUCAUCAUCCAACAACAUAUACAAACAGUUUUAACUCUAAUCCUAUUGAUUCAAUAAUAACAAAUAUAUAUAAAUAUCUUCCUACUUCAUCAUCAGAAUUUCUUAUUCAAUUAGGAUUUGAUACUCUCUUAGGUUUUGCUUUAUUAAUUGAAAGUAUACUUGAAAAUAAAACAGAAAUAAAUUCUGCUCAACAACGAACAACAACUGAUUUAAUAUGUUUAAUUAAUCAAUUUUUAACAAGUGAUUAUUUUUCAUUAUUUACUCUAUUAAAUACAGAUCAAGAAAAUGAAUAUCAUUCAAAACAAUUACUUGAACAUUGUUCAUUGAUAUUAAAACAUUUAAAAACUUAUCGUUCAGAAGAAUCACAUCGUAAACAAAAUCAACGUUCUAUUAAAACUUAUUGGGAAAAUAGUUCUGAACAAGCUUAUCUUUACCAUCAUCAUCAAAGUUCAUUUGAAAUAUUAAUUAAUAAUAAAAGUAAUCUUGAUGAAAAUAUUGAUAUUAAAAAUGAGACGGAUGAAAAUAAUCAAAUAAAACGUAUUUGUGCAAUUGGUACUAUUUAUGAUAAAUUAUUAAGAUUAACUAUUAAACAAUUUGAAUCAAAUCAACCAUCAUUUUCUUUGAUUCACGAUUGUUUAUCGUAUUUGAUAUCAUAUGGUUCAUGUUCAUGUUAUUCACUUACUCAUUAUCGUACACUUUUAUCUAAAAUAAAUCAUGUUAAAACGAAUGAAAAAAUUCUACUUUCUCUUGAACAACAAUCAAUUCAAUUACUUCGUAAAUCUUUUCUUCUUAUUUUAAAUUGUUCACAACGAAAUAAUUAUAAUCAUUAUCAUCAUCAUCAUCAUGAUUCACAAAUAGCAGAUAAUUCUCAAUUUUGGACGUAUUUAUCAAACAAUUUAUUCCAACGUCCAUCUCGUUAUUCACUAAAAUUAGCUCAAUCAUUUCCAGAUCUUAUUCAAUGUUGUUCAAGAAAUGAAAAGCAAUUAGCAUUAAAACUUUGUAUACUUUCAUCAUUAGAAUAUUAUCGUCAAAAUCCACCAAUACAAAAUACAACAAAUAGCGAAAUAGUUGAAUAUCUUAUUCAAACACUACCAAAUCUCUUCUAUGAUAUUACUAUUGACAUAGACCUUUCUGUGAUAUCAGAUACAUUAAUCGUUUUAUCAUCAUUAUUACCAACACUUCUAAUUCAUACAUUACCAGUUUUAGGUUGUUUACUUACAUCAACAUCGGAUAGUUUGAAUCUAAAUAUAUCAGAAUUAUUUAUUCAAUUGAUCAUUAAAUUAACUAAUUCAGGAUCAUUACCAAAUGAUAGAAUUGAUAAUUUAUGUCACAUACUUAUAAUACUUUUACAAAAAUGUCCAACAUUUCGACAUGCAUUCUAUGGACAUUUAUGUCAUUUACGUCUUUAUGAACGUUUUCAAUUGAUGUUAAAUAAUCCAUCUACAUUUCAAUCAUCAAUAAUUGCAUGUAUACUUGUAGCAAUAUCAUAUUAUCCAAAAUUAACUGAUAAUGAUUUUAAUUAUAAAUUAAUUCUUGAACAAAUUACAUUAUAUAGUGAAAAAAAUCGUUAUAAUUCAUCUUGGUUUGAAUUACUUGUACAUUUAUCAUUAUCUCAACAAUAUCAAGAUAAACGAAUAAGAUGGAAAAGUUCAAUAAGUAAUAAAAAUCAAUCGUUAAAUGAAUCGGAUGAUGAAAAUCCAACAACAUCAUCAUCAUCUGUUGAAAAUAAUGAAGAUGAUGAUGAAUAUCAUGCUGAUGUUGAAUCACUUAGUGAUGAAAUACCAACGGAAAUAGUUACAAAACAAAAUCAAACAAUUUAUUCAAAUUUAAUUCUUUUUCCAGAAUUAGUUAUACUUGGUUUAGAAAUUGCUUGGCAAAAUGUUGAUAAUGAAUGGAGUAAUCAACAAACUACAAAUAAAUCGUCAAUUUAUGUAACAAAUCUUGUUGUCUAUCUCGAAUUAUUAUCAUCAUUAGUUCGUGCUAAUAGUUAUAAUUGUAUUGUAUUAAAAAGAUUAAAUAUUGAUGGUUAUUUAUUUACUUGUCUAACGAAAACUGUUCCACGUUCAUCAUUUAUACAAAAAGAUACAUUAAUAUCUUUAAUAAUAACAUUGUUACAACUUUUAUGGUCACAAUCAAUAACAGUGAAUCAACUUGAUCAAUGUUUUAAACUUAUUUUAGCACAUCGAUUAUUUGUUGGACCAUUACUUCGUUUAUUUAAACAUCUUGUACAUCAAAUAGAUUCUAAUCAACCACGUUCAUUUUGUUCAAUGCCAUUAUCAGCAAUAGUUACAUCAAAAGCUAGUCAUCAUUUGCGUUUAACACUUGAUCAAUUACUUUCAUUAAAAUAUCCAUCAACAGAAAAUGAUCAAACAAAUUCAUCUCUUAUCUGUAAUAAUGUUCGAACAUCAGCUUUUGUUACCGAAAAAUUAAAAACAGUUCAAUUUCAUUUUCCAUUAACUAUAGCUCUAUGGUUAAGAGUUAAUUAUCCAUUUGAUAAACAUGAAAUAAAUGAUGAAAAUCAAAUUGAAAAUGAUGAAUUAAAUAAUAAAAAAGAUUAUCGACCUAUUUUACAUAUUCUUACAUUACAUCAUGAAGGUAUUCAAUUACAAUUUUGGUUAGAUUCAAAACCAAAUAUUUGUUUAAAAAUUGUACAACUAUCACCAACAUCCGAUCAACAUGAUCCUAUUGAUUUUAAUGUUUGUCUAUACAAUCUUCCACGUGAAUCAUGGUCUCAUGUAGUUCUUACUAUAUCAAAAACAACAAAUACAGUUCGUGUAUGUUUAAACGGUCAAACAUCUGUUCCAAAAACAUAUCCAAUACCAAGUUUAUAUAGUUCAAAUUCAAUAAAACCAUGGUCAAUAUCAAUUGGCCAACAAUCAUUAGAUACUUGUACAUCAUUUUAUUAUGAUCUUGGUAGUAUUCUUCUUUUUGAUAAAGUUGAUCUAUUAAAUGGAGUAAAUAAUGAUUAUGUUCCAACGUAUUUAUAUAGUUUGGGUUCUGAUCAUUGGCAUUUUUUAACAGGUAGUCAACAACAACAAUCUCUUGUUAAUUACUGGAUAUAUCAAAGAUUUACUCGUGUUCAUUCAACAAUGUCAAUAGAUCAAUUUGAAAUCGAUCAAAAUUCUUGUCAUACAAUAUUAAAACGUUCACUUAUAGCUUCGUAUACAUCAAAUAAUCCUUGGACAUUAUUUUUAUUUAAUUCGAAUACAGAUACAAAUGAAGAUGUAGCACCAAGUCGUUUAAAUAAAAUUUUACCAUUUUUUUCGUCAACAACAGCAGCAUCAACAUCAACACCAUCAAUAGCAACAAAUGAUGAUAAUCUAUUAACAACUACAACAACUAUAUCACUACCAUCAAGAAUUUCUCUUGAACAAUCAAGUAAUAUUCUUAAUAUAUGUGAACAAUUAGGUGGGAUAUUAAAUUUUAUUUAUCUAUUUGGAAAAAUUAUUGAAAUAAAUCCAAAUGAUUUAUCAAUAUGUAUUUGUAAUAUAAGUGAUAUUAUAUUUACAUCAAUAUGGAAGAUCAAAUCUUAUUAUGAUUUAUUUAAUUCACUUGAUGGUUAUCGUUUAAUUGUUAAAAUUUUAACAUCAAAUGAAUGUACACGUUAUAUAUCAUCAGAAUUUUAUGAAGUAUUAAUUGAUAAAUGUAUUGUAACAAAUCAACAACGUCUAUAUGAUAUAAAUUUAUUUCGAUUUAUUUUACUUGAUUGGAAAAUUUGGUAUAAUCAUCCGAAUAUAUUUAAUUCUAUAUUAAAAAUUUUUAAUGAUUUAUUAUCUGAUCAAAUCAAUUCGAAAUAUUUUUAUGUUAAUAGACAAUUAUUUAAAACUCAUUUUACACUUGAACAUUUAUUAACAUUAUGUCAAGAAUUAAUUGAAGAACAACAGCAUAUUAUUAUUGAUAAUGAUAUGACAUUAAUAUUAAUAAAUAUUAUUGAAGCUUUAAUUGAAAAUGAUAUUAAUAUUAUUGCAAUAGCUAUGAAUUUUAUUCUAUUAAUUCAUCCAUUAAUUAAAACUUAUGUUACAUAUAAUAAAGAACAUUUUUAUUUUAUUACAAAACCAUUUAAUUAUUAUGAACAACAUAAAGAACAUUUUCGAAAAAAUUUAAUACUGAGAAAUAAUAAUAAAAAUUUAGAAAAUUUUAAUCGACGACGUUCAACAACAAUGCAUAACAAUGAACAAUUCGAUACAAAUGCUAUUAAUAAUAAAGAUAAUUCAAGUAUAAAAAAAUCACGUUCGUUUUCCGAUUUAUUAUCAUCAUCAUCAGUACCAACCACUAAUAAAGAUUGUUCUCAUAAUAUUGAUCCACUCUCAACAGAUAUUUUACGAUUAUUAACAAAUAUAGCUUUAACAACAUCGGAUCGUUUAAUGAUGAAAUUAAUUGAUCAUGUAUUCCGUCUGAAUAUUUUAGUUGUUCUUUUACUUAAUGCAUCAAUGCCUAAACGUGUUCAAUGUAUUAAAUUAUUAGAUAUUAUUUUAAAACGUAUGGAUAAAGAUAAAGUACAAAAUGAUGUAUUAAGAGCUGAUUUACAUAUCAUGUUAGCUAAUCAAAUCUAUCAUCAAUUAGAUGGACGUGAUGAUGAAAAAGAAUUUGUUGAAAUUUGCGUUUCAAUUGCAUUACAACGUCCUAUACAAUUUAAUAUUGAAUUAAGUUUAUCCGAACAGAUUCAUGAUAGUGAUCAAUAUUUUUCUAUUGUAUCUUGUUCUCCGCCAUGUCCUCAAUCUCAAGUUGGUUUCGCUUUAGUACUAUCAUUUAUUGAAAAAUUAAGCAUAGCAAAUACUGUUUUAUGUGAAUUACUUCUCAAUUUACUUAAUGAAAUUAUUAUACGAUCAAAUGAUGAAAAUCGACAUUUUCUUGUUGAUAUUGGUAUCAUACAAGUACUUUUCAAUACACUUUCAUCAGCAAUAACUUUUACACAAGAUAAAAUCAUAUCAUCUGUACAAAAAUGUCUUAAUUCAUUAAUAGUACACACGUUCAUGACAAGUAUCAUAGAUGAUAUAUCAUUUAUAUCAAUUAUUAAUAAUAUUAUUGGAAUGGUAAUGCUAAAUUCGGAUAGUCAUGAUAAUAAUAUUUCAAAAGUAAAUCGAGGUAUUUAUUUACAAACAUUGUCGAAUAUGUUCAAUGCAAUCAUCGAUUCAAUUGAAAAACCACCAUCCACUGAUAUUUCUUCAUAUCCAUCAACAAAAGGACGAAAUACUAUCGAUGAUAUGAGUAUAAAUCCAACAAUGGUUGAACAUUGUGAUAGAUUCCGUAAAUUUUUACACUUAGCACUUGAUUAUGUUUAUUCAUUUCAUGAUGAAUGUUCACAUAUUGAAACAUUUACAUUACGUUUAGUAAAUAUCUGUUUAAUUGGUAUUGCAUAUCAAAUUGAAAAACGUUCAAAUCAUAUUCAAAUACGUCAUCAAAUGUCAUUAAUUAUGUUUCGUUGUGGAGAUAUUAUUAAACAAAUUACACAAAAAUUAUUAACUAUUGCACUUGAUCCGGAAAAACAAAGUUUCGUUUUUCGUAUACAAAUAUUAAAACAUAUUAUUGAACAACCAAAUGCGAAAGCAAUUAUGGAAUAUCUUUUAAUUAAUGAUGCACAAUGUUAUAUUUAUCAUCAAAUACUUAUUUAUUUACAAAUACUUUCGAAUACAUCACCGAUUACAUUAGAUAUUGAACAAAUGACUAAUCAAAAUUCAUCAGGACAAUCAAUAAAAUCAUUUGAUUCUGGACAUUUGACUGAAACAACAGUUGUUAAUUCAACUCAAACAUUUUCAAAUGGUGAAGAAUCAUCUCAUACAGUUAAUCUAUCAGCAAAGAAAGAUCAACAGAAUAAAAUUAUAUCGAACAAACAUUUAUCUACAACCGAUGAAGAUCAAGAUGUUAUCGUAGCUUCUAAAGUAUUACCACCAAAGAAUGAACGAUAUAUACCAGAUAAAAAGUCUUUUGAUCAAUCAUUAUCAUCAACAUCAUCAUCAUCAUCAUCUUCAAAUUCUAUUUCAUCAGCCAGUAGUGAAGUAACCAUAUCACAACCAUCAUCGACUAUUAAUUAUGAAAAUAUUAUUAAUGUAUUUCGAGAUCUUAUGCGUACAAUUAAUAUACCAUCGCUAACAUCAAAUGAUAGUAAUCUAGCACAACGACGAGCACUUACUGAUCAUUUACUUAAACUAACACCAGCAACACCUGCCCAACUUCUUCGUGCUAAUACGCAAAUGGCACCUGCACGUCAUUCAUUUAAUUGGCCAACAUCUGUACCGUCACCGGAAAAUUUAACGACAAAUAAUACUCAAACACCAGUUUCACCAGAUCGUACACGUCGUCGUUCACAUCUUUCACCAUCGCCAUCGCCUUUCUUUGUCAGUUGGUCAUCAGUUGUUGAAGAAAAACGUAGUGAAUAUACGAACACUUUAAAUCAAAUUAUCGAAGCAACACAAAAACGUUUAUUAUCAGCACAAAAAAAUUCUCUAAAAGCAUUUAAAGAAGUAACAAUAACAACUAUAGCAUCACGUGCAAUGGAUAUAACACAAGAUGUUAUAAGUCUUCAAAGUUUUGAACGUAAAAAAUUUCUUGAACAUCUUCGUUUAACACAAAGUCUUGAUUUACGUACAAAACAUUUAUGGCAUCAGUUAAUAUCUCAAUUAACACAUGAAUAUGGUGUAUGGUUUGAAUCAUUAUCUUAUCCAAAAUUUUGGGAACUUGAUCCAACAGAAAGUCCACAACGUGAACGUCGACGUUUACAACGUUCAUAUUGUUUAAUGGAAAAACAGUUUUUUCAACCUCAAGUACCCGGUGAAACACUUGUUAGUCCUCCAUUAUCUUAUUUAUUUGGUAUACGUCAUUAUCAAUCGGCUAAUUUACAAACAGUUCUUUAUCGUAAUGAAAAACUUGAAUUUCAAUGUCGUUGUAUGAAUGUAACACCAAAUAAUGAAAUAAAAGGUGAAUUACUUGUUGGUACAACACGAAUUUAUUUUGUAGCUGAUGAACGUUUAUCUACAAUAAAAAAAACUAAAAGUGUUAAUUCAGCUAUGACAACAAUUGGUUAUAAUCAUCAUUCAUUUAAUGAUGAUUCAAAUUCAUUUUCACUUGGUAUUCAAGAUAUAUGUGAAAUGUUUAAAAGACGUCAUAUGUUAAAAGAUGUUGCACUGGAAUUAUUUUUUAUUAAUGGUAUCACAUUAAUGAUUGCACAUGUUUCAUUUAAUGAUCGAGAAAAUCUUUAUAAAUUAUUAACAAAACGUAAUUUAAUACAUUUAAAACAUGGACAAACAGUACAGGAUAUUCAAACAUCAUGGAAACAUGGUCAUAUGACAAAUUUUGAUUAUUUAAUGCAAUUAAAUAAACUAGGUGGUAGAUCAUAUUUAGACUUAAUGCAAUAUCCUGUUUAUCCAUAUAUAGUUGCAAAUUAUGAAAAUACAACACUUGAUUUACGCGCUGCAUCAAGUUAUCGUAAUCUUUCAAAACCAAUAUCUAUUCAAUCUCCUGAAAAAGAAGAAAAAGUCAUUGAUUCAUAUAAUGAUCUUAAAGAAAUUCAAAUGCGUAAUGUACCAUCUCAGCAAGAUAAUGAUGAACGAAAAUCAUCAAAUCUACAUAGUCAUCAAUAUGAUCCAUAUCAUUAUUCAUCAUUAUAUUCAAAUUCUGGUGUUGUUCUUCAUUAUCUUGUUCGUCUUUUACCAUAUACACGAAUGUUUCUUGAUUAUCAAGAUAAUCAUUUUGAUUGUGCUGAUCGAACUUUUCAUGAUGUUAAAACAUCCUAUUGGUUAUCAUCAUUCGAAUCAACAUCAGAUUCGAAAGAGAUCAUACCAGAAUUUUAUUAUCUAAAUGAAUUUCUAUUAAAUAAACAAGGUUUUAAUUUUGGUAAAAGACAAAAUGGUAAUACAGUUUCUGAUGUUGCAGUCCCAGCAUGGUCAAAACGAAAUGCUCGUUUAUUUGUAUGUGGCCUUCGACAAGCUCUUGAAUCUGAUUAUGUUACUAGUCAUUUACAUCAAUGGAUUGAUCUUAUAUUUGGAUAUAAACAAACAGGAAAAGCAGCUCUUGAUGCAAGUAAUAUAUAUUAUUCUGCAUGUUAUUAUGGUUUUCCAACUGAAUCUAUUACAGAUCAAGUAGCUUUAAAUGCUUAUUAUGGAAUUAUUCGUACAUAUGGUCAAGUACCUAAACAAUUAUUUUCUCAACCACAUCCAUCAUCUAAUGGAAAUAAUUCCACAUCAAUUUCAAUAUUAAAUUCAUCUGGAAAUGAUAAACGUAAUAGUGAACGAAAUGUUUUUGAAUCUAAACUACCUAUUGAAAGUAUUCAUCGUUUAAUAAUUGGUGUACGUUGGGGUGAUUUUAUUGGUUCGUAUGAUAUGCCAUCACCAGAUUAUAUAACAAGUCAUGAUUGUGCUAUACAAGUAUCAUCAUUUGUUGUAUUUAAUACAGGUACAUGUAUUAUGUGUUUACCAUCAUCAUCAUUAAUUGUACAUAAUGAACAAAUAUUAAAUGAAUCGAAUGGUGAACAAAAUAAUAUAUCACAAUCAAAUUCUUCAACAGCAUUACCCAUAGAUACAAUGGUUGCAUUAAAAUGGAAUACACCAGAUUAUAUUGUACGUUGUAGACAAUUAAGACAAAUGAAAAAUUGGUAUAAUUUUCUUGUACCUAUUGAUGAUCAAGAUAAAACAACAUGUUGUACAUCAAUUGAUUAUAGAUUUUUAUUUAUGGGUAAAACAUCCGGUUUAAUUGAAGUUUAUCGAAUUAAACGAAAUAAAAAUAGUUUAGUUGGUAUUGAAUUAAUUAAACGUUUUUUACCAUUUAUUGCACAUCGUUCACCAAUUACUUGUUUACAUACGAAUCGACAAUUUAGUUUAUUAAUUAGUGCAAGUGCUGAUGGAAUGUUAACAUUAUGGGAUACAAAUCGUUUAUCUUAUGUUCGAACAUAUAAACAAGAUAAUCAAACAAUCUAUCAUUUAACAUCAUCUGAAACAACAGGUGAUAUUGCAUAUUUAUCAUCAAGUGGUAGUCAAUGGCAUUUAUCUUAUUUAACAUGUAAUUGUGAUUUAAUUGGUUGUUUAACAUUUUCUGAACAAUUAAAUUGUUUAUGUUUUACAUCAGCACCUGAAGGUACAUGUGUUAAUGUUUUAUUAGGUGGGUUUGAAAAUGGUCUUAUAUCAAUGUGGUCAACAUGGGAUUUAACAUUAUUACGACAACUUGAUUUUCCUCAAUUACGAUCACAUCCAAUUGUUGCUAUGUGUGUAUCAAAAGUUGAUCGACGUCGAUUAUAUGUAGCUGAUCGUGAACGACAUUUACAUACAAUUGAAAGUCGUCUAUCAUCAUCAACAUCAACUACGCCGCCACCACAAAUUCUAUUUCUUUCUUAA